AAAAUAACACGUAACGUUUCUGCAAUUUUCCAAUUAGUAAGUAAAUUUUUGUCAAUCAUCGUCAUUUUAAGUUCCAACGUUGUCAAACGAUCCAAACAAAGUUUUUACUAACGCAAAUCAUGCUUUACGCGCGCAUAAUGAUCGAGGAACAUUUGCGCGAUGCAGUCGCAUUUGUUUUUUUUUUUAAAGAGAAUUAUUACUUCGAUCGAGGACGUGCGUAUCUUCUGCGUGGAAAUAUAAACCACAAAUCCGAUCCAAUGUAGGUCGUAUCGUGAAACGAAACUCGAUCGUGUCCGCAGUCGCGGAGCUUAAUCCGAGGAUCGCACGGAAAAAAGCACGCGGGCCGAUAGGAUAGGAUAACGAAAGAGUUGAUUCUGAUCGAGUCUAUAGGUGUCGAGACUGCGGUUACGUUACGUUACUCACUGUGGCAGUUUGGUCGAAUAGGAUAACAUUUACCGAUUAUUCCGACGCUCUUGGCAAAAGGAAAUCGUUCAUUCUCGAAAAAUGCUUAUCAAAGAAGCACAAGGACAACAUUCGUGACGAGUCCAAUCUCGCCAACGACGAAUAAUCGAGAAUUCGUGGUCGCACGUAGUUAGACUUUCAUGUCUGACGAAGUGGAUCAAAAAGAUAAUAAAUCGGAGGAAAGCUGACAUAACCGAUCAUCGAAUUGUCGCGCGCUAAGGACGUAUCAAGGUGCAGGCGAACAGCAGCGAGAACGCACGCGCAGCGCCGGAGCAGGCCGGACUGUGCACUAUGGUAUGCGGCGGUUCUUUAACGCAAAAAGAAAGAACCACGACAAAUUCGCCCUACGUCGUUACAUCGCCACCUCCGGAACGGCAAGGUUAUGCCCGUUCGUAGAGCGUCGUCGGCGGAUGAUUGAUAUCGCGCACAUGCGGCACCGCAUCGGUUGCACCGUCGUUGGCGCCUUCGUGGGCGGAGAACGCGAGCAGUGACCGUAAAGCCGUGAGCGAUGAAAUUUUUAAUUGUCCGGUGACAUUCCUCGCAAGACGACGGAGCAGGUGUGUCUUCUCUCACGCUCGUAGCUCGGAUGUUUGUCCACGACCCCACCAAAUCACGCGAGGUCCGCUGUUGAGCUCUCUCCUGGUCUCCGGUUUCAUCGGCGAAAACGUGCGUAAUGCACAUCUAGAACUGAAUACAAAAUCUAAUAGGGGGUCCAAUGACGGUCGACGACAAAACGGGUUAUAAGGCAAAAAAGAUGAGCGUCUCUUUAACGUCACUUCAGCCAAAUAGUCACAGUUUAGAAAGGCAAAAAAAUGUCAAACCAGCAAUUGAAAGACUGUACAACAGUCUUACAAAAAAAAGGAAAGAUCCAAAGCAACCAAAUAUUCAAAGAAUGUGGAUAAAUUAUGAAGACUGCAAAGAUGAGUUUUGGGCAGCUAUCAGAUCUAAUUAUGAUUAUAUUAUGGACACUAAUUUAAUUGAAACUUGCAAGGAAGCAAAUGGCGAACUAACAUGGGAUGAAACAGAUGUGUCAACACAAUCUUGGAAUUUAAAGGAAAUCAGUGCCCAAUUUUCAGAACUUUACUCAUGGUUAAGAAUUCUUCAGGAAUUGGUCUAUUCUAAGGAGGAAAAUUUGUUAGAUAAAAGUCUGCGUGCAACUCACAUGGAAGAGUUGCGACGCAAGGCAUACAGACGUAAAUUGUUUAAUGAACAAGCGGAAAAAUUAAUUUCUCGCGCCCCUGCUUUAAAAGAUGAAGUGGCUUGGCGUGUAGAUCACUUGAACGCAAAAUGGGAAUUGGUUGAACAAAUUAUGGCGCCGAUAGACCGACCCGUAUCUAGUCAACAAGAUAUAUCAGCGGAUUUUGAACGUGAAGUAAAAUGUCUAAGAAAAUGGUUACGAGAGAUGGAGUCACGUCUUCAACCACUGAGCUUCCAUGUCAACUGGACACUGUCGGAACUAGAGGAAAAAGCAGUAAAGCAUAUGGUACUCCAACGAGACAUAGAGGCGCACGGGCGUAUCGUCAGUUCGGUAGUCAAAUUGGGUGACAAGAUCUUCACGCAGCAACAGGAACAUGGACAACAACAGGAUCAGCAAUCCGCUCAGCAGCCAUUACGAAUAGUGAGAUCGUUGGAACGACGUUGGCAUCUUCUGUAUUUGCGCGCAUUGGAAUGGCAGUGUCACAUUGAAACCCUCGCAUCUCACAUAAGAAAUAAGAACGCCGUGCCUUACAGCUGCAGCAGCGACAGCGACGAGGAACCAGUCACGAAACAACCUCGUCUCAGCCGCGGACGAUCGCGCGGCUCCGGAACAGAAUCGUCGGGACAGUCCGCUCGCUCGGCGCGAGCCGAACGUGCGAAGCGCGUUGUCGGCCGAUCGAGAUCCGAGUACCGCGAUCAUCCAGUUUCCAGGACUGACCCGUCCGACAGCGACGCCUCUUCUGAGAAUCGAUCCAUCGACGAGGGAUCGUAUUUCGAGGAUGAAUUGUGUCAGUUCUGUGUGAUGGACACAAAGUCCCACGAAUCGGCGAAACGAGAACCUAUCAGAUCCUGUACAUCUGACCUGGGCGAUCGGGGGGAGGAGGGUGACGUCGAGGAAAGCGGAGUCAGCGACAACGAGCAAAACGACAUGCCACCCACACCGGACACCGUGCCGAUAACAACAUCGACGGCGGCGAUGCAGGAAACGUGCGACGAAAUCGACGCGGCAGGCACCGUGCAAAUCGAAAGUACAGAAAAAUCGAACAACAGUCUUCGGACGAGCGAAUUUGUCAAACGCUGUGGAACAACGGAAGAGGCUGCUUCGUUCAACACAUCCGACAGAAAAUCGAAGAACUGCGCUACGUUUUACUUCAAGCAUCUGGACACUGACUCCGAGGCGGAUUGUUCCGGACAAGCAGUUCAAGAAUCGUCAGUUCAGGAAUCAUUGAAUACGAUGGAUGACUCCUCGGAGGAAGAGUGGACUUACACAUCUUCUCUUCCAAAUAACUCGCUCGUUACGGAGCAGCGAAAGACGAACGUAUUGGUUCGUUUGGAUUUCAACGAAAGUCCGCGCGUCGAUUUAUCAGAGAAAAUGCACUUCUCGCGAGAAAAAAACGCGGAUAACGAAAAAGAAACGGUCGCGGCGGAAUGCAACCGCGAUGUUCAGCAAAAGGACAGCGACGACGAAAAUAAAGACAAUAAAUCUAGUAUUCAGAAGUUAAUUAAAGAAGUUGAGAAUUUAAUUGGCGAGGAGAGACACACAGUCUCGCGUACUUUUCCGCAGCUAGUGUUCGAAGAGAAAGAUAUAACGAAUAAUCAUCGAGCCAAGUAUGCGCGCGUAAAGGAAUGGUUGAAGCUGAACGCGUCGAGAAGUCACGAGGACAGCAGGUCACAACCAUUGGAUAGCUGUGACGCCAGCGGUGAAUAUACAACGGAAGAAUCCGAUGGCGACAAACAAUCGAUAACAUCGGACGAUCUACAAAGCAGCGUAGCUACUUACCGUCGAUUCGAAGGUGCUCUCGGAUCUAUAUCGCAGUCACUCUCGCAAGAGAUACUCGAUUACGCUCAGCGAACACCGGUCAAUGAGGUACCGCCCGAGGAAAAUGCUCCAAAAGUUGUAAUGCGCUCGAAACACAAGGCAAAAGGAUCCAGACCGUGGAGUGUUUCUUGUAUUUCUCAAAUCGGAGACAAACCUAAUUUAACUCAGAUAAACGAUCCCGUUCUACCAUUUUCUAUAUCCGAGACUGCUCUUCAUCAGUUGGUUACAAUUCCACCAACCAAAUCCGCAUCUUUGGAUGCCGCAGGGUCACGGAAGUCAUUUAAUAAUUCCACAUCCACUUUAUUAGAAGAGUCUCUCAAUACGUGUCCCGAUGAUCGUGUAGUUAGAAAUAUUUCGUUCCGCAGAAAGAAAAAUAGAUUGCGCAAGAAGACUUUGGGUCGUAAGAGCGAAUCUAGCUCGGAAGGCGCGCAAGCUAAUCAUUCGGCGGGAAGUGAUGGCAGCUCGAAUCAGCAGCGUUUGUCUCGUAAAAUGAAUCGCACAAUUCAUACAGUUGUGAAAGAAAACUGCCUUAGUCGCGCAACGACUCUUGUGAAAUCCGAAUCUUUUUCGGGUUGUACCGUCCAUCAACAAUUACACGUUGAAAGAGCGCUUACCAGUAAUCCCACAUCGCUCAGGCUACUUUGUUGCAAGUCAGUUGCGUCCACAUCGGAGACGGAAGGAGAAGAUCGUGAUUGCACUCAAGGACAUUUCGCUUACAAUAAUAACAUAUUGAGCACCGCGCUAACCAGCAAAGAACCGAGCAAUCAACAGUUGAAUAUAGAUAGUGACGUGGAAAUGAACAGUCUUGGUAACAAUUCGUUGUCGGAACAGGCUUGGGAUAAUUAUCAGGAGAAAUAUAUGAGUGAAGCUUACAGCGAGCCGUUAGAUGUAGAGACGGCUCGACGAUUGUUGGAUUUUGGAGAUGACUAUCGAAACUUUCUCGACAGUCAGUCAGAAUGCGCAUCCAGUAUAAGCGCAAUUCCUGCUAGCUCGCCGCUGCCUAAGAUUCGCAAGUAUCAUGAAAUUGGCGAUAGCUCGGACGACAGUGAAAGUGAUGAAGAAGAUUUACGAAAAAUUGCAGAAAAUUCGCAGUCACAGCUUAUAUUUGCUGAAAAUGCUUUUGUAAGAUCCAACGGCGCGAUACUCCCAGAACUCGCCGGAGUGGAGUCUAGGUGUAAAGAAAACUUAGAGUGUUUGCAGACCGUCCUGGAAUCACAGAACGGAUUUUCGCGAAAUGAAAAAUAUUUCAAACAAUUUCGCGGUAUGAUUGAGAGGUGGGAGAUCUUGGCGUCGCGGGUGGAGCAGGCACAAAUGGCCAACGCUCUUCAUCGCGAACUGGCGGCGAUGCGAACGGAAUUCAAGGCAAUGCACGAUCGACUUUUCGAUUGCGAAAUCAUCCUGGAGCAGCCGCAUGUGCUCAACGAUCGCAUCAAUAGGAUUACUGUCGAGUUGGCUGUUCUGAAGGACCGCAAGGCGGCGAUGCUCGCGCUGAACGUUUCUGCGCAUCGACUGAUCACCGAUCUCGGUUCAUCCGCGCCGUUAAUUUGCACAGCCCUCAAGGAUGGCGUUGCGGACCUUUACAGGAUAUGGGACGAAACCUUCCAGAAGGGUAAUCAGCAGUUGUCAGCCUUACAAGAUGUGCAGCAAUUCGGUGCACGCUUAGCCGAACUCCAUUCUGCUCUACAAUGGGACAAGAAUACUUUAGCACUUUUGGAGGCAGCGCUGCAAGCGGGCGCCACCUCGGAGGUUGCCUCUUCCGUUCGUCACGUCGCCCGAUUGCUGUCCGAAAGACAAGACGUUAAUUGUCAGAAUGAGACAGUGUUGAAUGACGCGACGACGGAGGAGAUGUCCGGUGUGAAGUUCGCCGGCACGUCCGUGAGCAAUCUCACUCAGGAAGGAGGAUCUCUAUCCGAUAGCGGGAUCUCUGAUAGCGGAAGCGAGAAAGAAUUGAGCGAGCGCGAGCGUAAAUUAGCUAGUCUACGGCGAUUAACGCGCAGCUUGGAGACCCACCUGGCGCCGGGCAGCAAGGCUCUGACCGAGCUCUGGAAAAGAAUCGAGGACGCCGAGAGCGAGCUGCGCGAUUUGCAGAAGAAAUGCAGAGAGCUCAUCGUGCGCACCGCGGCGAGCGUGGACGCGCGUGCCGCCAAACGAACCGCCAGCCAAGUUCAUUAUUCCGCCGACAAGCGCAAAAAACCAUUCAAUGGAGAUGCGUCGAGAUGCGACGAAUCCGUGCCAACCGCGAAGAGCAACGCCGGCGUCGCUAAGGGCGACAGCGAGCCAGUCUCUUCUCAGAGCUGGAUCUGGCGAAUUCUCAAAGUGGCACUGCCGUUCCAGCUUGCCGUGCUCGCCCUUUUCUGCGCCGCUUGUCUCUUGGAGCCGCAGUGUUGCGAGAACGCGAACAUGCUCAAUCUGUCGUUCACACCGCAACUGCGCUACGUUAGGGGACCACCGCCCGUGUAAGCGAUGCGACACGGCAGGUAUAUGCGAAUUGAAAAAAAAAAACAAAAAAACAAAAAAAAAAACAAAAAAUCGACGCCAAGAAUCAGUAGUUUUCUUGGCGAAAAUGGCGCAACACGUCGAUGUGUCGCCAGUAAUGAGCGAUUGCAAGCUCGUUGUGCGCAAGCGCAUAUCGAAGUAUUAUUAGACUGUUAAUUUGCAACAAUGCCUCAAAUUUUUCGGCAACCUGUUUAAAAGAUGAUGCAUGCAACGACUGACUCCGUACUAUCUACGUGUAGUUUUUUUUUUUUUUUUUUUUUAAUUCUUUGAUAAUGUGUAAACUUUGGCCAUAAUAGUUGACACGACGAAGUAACGAAAAUAUCCGGUCCAAUUACGUAGGACAACGAAAAACAUUUUUACGCAUAUACAGAACGAUAUCUUAUAUUUUGAAUACAAAUUGUUGUAUAUACGCGUACUUUUACGUAAAGAAAAAAUGAAUAGAACAGGUUUUUGGGGUGAAAUAACCGAUCACGCGGACAGUUGCGCUGAGACAGUCUCGGAAUCUCAAAAGGAAAAAACAUUUUGCAAGUGAAGAUAACCGAUUAUUCAGGUAAUUCCGCUCUUCUGAGGAUGUACAUAUAGUAUAUAUUUGCGCGAGAUAUAUGCAUAUUUUUUUUGCGAUAUUGAUACAGGCGCCAGUUGUUUUCCCAUCGUUCUGAAUAGCUCGAGUCAGCGCGGCUUAUGUUAUUGUUGAAAUAUAAAUAAUUUAUUUAUAUAUAUAUAUAUACAUAUAUACACACAAAUCAUAUAUAUUUUAGUCAUUAUAUAUGAUGUUUUUUCGAGGAAUGAACGUUUAGUUUUCCUCGUGAGAGAGAUGGAAAGCGAUGAUGUGAAAGAUUUAUGAAUUUUACAAUUUUCCGGCUCAGGCGGGAGUUCAUUUACAUCGAAUUUCUCCGAGGAGAUGAUACUUGGAAUUCCAUUGUUGUAAAAAAAAAAAAAGAAAAAAAAAGAAAGCUUCUUCCUAUAUCCGUUGCAAGCAAUCUCUCCCGCUGCAGCCUAACAUCAUGAUUUUGAUUCUUGCAACAAAGAAUAUUUGUUUUAUUCUUCGUUUUACACACAUUGUUAAUAAAUAAAAAAAAACACACAAGCUAUGUUUUAGUAUUGUAAAGGAUAUUAGAGAUUUUGAGCUUUUUUGGAAAACAGCUUGUGCGUGCAAAUUUUUCUUCGAACGCGCGCAUGAUGUAAAUUGCCACACCAGCCUCAUGUGUGUGUGCGUGUGUUAAAGUUAACGGAUUUAGCAACACUUAAAAUCGCGCGCGUCGAAUGAAUUUUGUACAUUAAUCAUUUGAAUGCAUGCACAUAUGUAUAGUUCAGCACCUAUGCAUGUGUUUUAUAUCAUUCCUGAAAUAUUCUGCAAAUUCUUCCCAUAUAUCUUGUUUUAUUUCUCUCUGAUGUCAAUAACAACAAUUUGCAUGCUAUAUGAUACUUAGAAUUAUAUGAGAUCGGAAGAUAUAUUUAUAUACGAUAUAUACAUGUAUAAAUUUCAGUUUUUUUUUUUUUUUUUUUUUAAAUACAGAGAGUUGAAAAUUUGUAAAUUGUGAUAUAUCUUGAGAAUUCUUCGAUCUUUCUCGUGAUAAAAAGAGAAAGAUGUGCGACGCGUCGUUUUAGAUAAGCGAAACGACCCGUCGGUGUGCAAUUAGCAGGAAUAUUUUAUUGAAAGAUUUAUAUUUAGCGAUUUAUUUUAAACGUGUCUUUGAUAUUUGAAGACGUGUAAAGUGGUGACUAAUAUAAAAGAGAGAAAAAGAUUUAUAGCGAGCAAUUUGUACUAAAAAAAAAACAAAAAGAGGCGAAAAGUAUUUUUCAAAAAGAGAAAUCGUCGAAUUUUUGAUAGAGACGUGAGAAUGCUGUCAUUCGUCUAUUUUGUAAAUCUUUUUUUGUGAGAGAGGAGGAUAAUAUGUAAAGGUGAAUGGUGGCACAUAUAUAUUGAAAGUAGCCAAUUUGAAUUCACAUAUGGAAGUAAGAGACAGAGUUUUCUCUUUAAGGAUGAUAAUUAGUUUCUAGUAUUUCAUCCUAUACAUGAUGCGAAGUGACGAGAAACACCUUACGAUCCAUCACUGAAACCUUACAAUUCGCUUACCGUGUAAGCGUGCUGCGUUUCUAACGCAACGAUUCCGAUCCCCCGUACUUGUGCAGAUCCUUGAGCUUCUCAUGCAAGAGGCGAGACAACGUUGGUAAGUCCAGUUGGCAUUUUUUUGCGGACUACGUAGAGAUGUAGCGAACACGAGCAAUGUUCAGCUGAGUAAAGUAACGGUGACUUGAUUUUGUUUCAGAAAAAAAAACCUUCUCAGAAAAGGUUUUGCAAGUGCCGCGAUACGCGCAAAAAAAAUAAAGAAAAAAAAAACAAUAUCAAGUCACUGAUACUUUGUAGAUAUUUUGUUUUCAUUUUUUUAUUGGCGAAAAUGUACUACAUCGACACAUACAUGUUGAAGUACAUUUGCGUGAUCGCAACCGUGCCUAUAACGAGUGUUUAUUAGGCGCAAGAGUUCGUCACGCACCAGAGAUUCAAGGUGGUUCGCUGAGAAGCUUAUAUAUAUAAAGCGUAUAGAUUUGAUUUGAUAACGGGAGACAUGAUACUAUUUCGGUAUCGAUACAAUCUCUCUACUGAGAAAUUUUAACGAAAACAUGGUUUUCACAUGGUUUUUUUUUCGAUGCACUAUAGAUCGCAUCGUUGAUAGCGGAAAUAUACUUUAUUUUGAAGUAUACCUAACGUGAUUUUUGUGAGAGAGUUAUUAACACAUUAACACACAGGAUCAUGAGAAGGUACUUUUUUGUACGUCUCUGUUUAUGAAUCGCAAAUAACAGCGACAAUCUUUGAAUAACGCUAGUUAAAAGAAUUGUGAAGAACGAAUAUAGAUAGAUGGAGAAAAAUACGUUUACUUUGAACGUUGAUUGUUUUUAAUUAAUUAUGACACAAGAUCGUCAUUUUAGAGUAAAAAAAAACAAUAUAUAAAUUUUAUUCUUUCACGGAUCUUGACGUUUAUUUUUGCAAUAGUCAGACAUCUGCAAUCGAAAAUAAGGUUCCUAUGACUUAAGUUGAACGAAAAAUUUUUUUUUUUUUUUAGUUUCGAUCGACAAUUUUCGACUAAUGAAGUAUUACAGAGGGUCAAGUAAUGAGCGCGCAUACGCGCGAAUGACAUCGGCGCGGGAAAAAUGCGCGAUUGCUCUUUUAACUGCCUGAAUAAUCUUCGUAAUUUAGACUGCCACCGUAAGAGCUACGUGCACUCUUUAUUCAUUACGUUUUGUUUUUAUCGCAACAUCAUCUCGAGACGAAUCACAAUAUCGAAUGUUCGACUUUUUAUUGAAUAACUACAUAAUAGUUAUUCGAUAACGAAGUACACACGUACUUAUAAUUAAAAAUCAAUGGCAAUUUUGUCCGAUUGUCUGUUGAUAGGUGAAAGAUUGCUUAUAAGUGGUAUGGAGUGCUUUUUUAAAAUAUAUAUAUUUUAAUAGAAUGUAGUAAGUGUAUGCGGUCGCGUCGUCUCUCCCUUCUCAUAAUAGCAAUUGUUCAAUGAAACAAAGAUCUCUGACUACAAACAAGAACUGGUAUUGAAACUUCAAUAAUCAAAUGUGACUUUACACUUAUUUUAAUAGCACGUCGAUCUGACAAGGAGACUUAUAUUACGUUUAUACGGAAAAACUAGGUUUUUGUUUUUACAAAUUAAUUGAUGCCGCACAGAAUUUUUGCGUAACGUAUUGCUUGAAAUGCUAUUGAGAUUGUUUUUUGAUAAAGCGUAAACGUAAUAAAAAAUCACGAAGUAAAAUUUUACGAAAUACAUAUAUAUUUUAGGAUGGACAAGAAGAUGCAAACAAUUUAAUAAAAGAUUUGUGUCUGUAGCGUUUUUGAAGAUAUCAAUAGCUAUUUCAAGUAACACACUUCAAACGUAUUUUGUUUUCGUAUCGCGAACGCGCGCGAUACGAUUUUAUCUGCCUUAUACGAAGUAUAUAACAAUAUAUAUAUAUAAAGUACCUGAAAAAUCAAAACGUUACUUAUAUCUAUUAUUAUAUACGUUACUUUAUAUCCACGCGGUUAAUGAAGGAGUACUUGAUAAUAUUGUGUAACAAUUCGUAUCACGCUUAUCAUUUUGCUGAAUAGAUUCACUUACCAUAUAUCGUUAGAUAAAAUUAGAUGUACUUUGCAUGCGUUAUUUUUCAUCAGAGCCGUAUUUGUAUUACGAUGCUCCGUAAAAAAAAAAAAAAAAUAACUAAAAACAAAAAAAAUAUUCAGUUCGAUAAGUGCGAGCAGUGUGUUACGAUAUUCAGUAUCCUCGAGGACCGUUGUUUGAGUUACAGAAAUUAUUGUAAAAUGCAAAUAUUGAUGUUUUUUUUACAAUAUUACUAUUUUAUUGCAUUGUACUUUGCUGGAGAAACAAAAAUAGUUGACGAAUGAUUGAUAAAAAAAAAAAAAAAAAAAACAUAUCUAACAAAGCGUGUUUUGCAUCCUGCAAAUUGUUUCUGUAAGAAACGAUGGUCUCAACAGCCGCUACAUUUAUAAUUAGUAAAAGUAGAUGUAUAAGCGUGUGUGGGCAACGCUUCUACUUGAGACACAAGCAAAAUAUAAUUUGUAGUGACUUUUAUCUUCGAUAAUAAUAAUAAUUGAAAACAAACAGGGUACAUAAAGAUUAGAAUUAUCGUUGAGGCUCAAAUAGAAGCGAUGAAUACAAAAAUUUAAUCAUAAGCUACUCUUAGUCAUAGUUUAAUCAUAUUUCAGCUCUAUCUCAUCGUGCUGUUUACUAAUUUCUUCUUUCUAGAUGUUUCGUCAAUAAUGCAGUACAAUGUUUUUUUUUUUUUUUUUUUUUUUUACUCAAACUGGCCAAAGCAAUACUUUUUGUAUUGCCAGUAAUAAAAUUCGCAGAUGUUCGCAGAUAUUUCUGUCUCAUUUUCUGCGAAAAUUAUUUUUUUCACUUUUAACAAUUUCGUAUUUUUUCGAAUGAUGCUUACGCGCGAAGUAUCGAAAGCGUAAGUAACGCAAAUUGAUUGCAACUAAUUGUUCAAAUCUUUCAAAUCGAUUUUAAUUAAUCUCUUCGUAACAUACAUCACAAUCGCAAAAUUAAUGUGCUCAACCGACAACGCAAUUAUCUUGCGCAGCAUUUAGGCUUGGAUUUGUAUUGCACUUUUUUUAUGUACUGUAUCAACGAAUCAUGUAUUGAUUAUAAAGUAUUAAUGCGAUUUAUGCAUAUAUACUGAUAAUACACGACUUGAAGUAUUAUACUACACUUUAGAUACGUCUAAAAUAAAUUUUGGAUUCUUGUUCAGGA